GUCAUUUAGUGUACCAACAAUGAUCUCUUUCAAUCUGCCAAAAGGCUUUUCAUGACAGUUCGAUGUGUAUGUUUAUGAGACAGCCAUUUUAGCAAUGGUGGACCCAGGAAUGAACUCCGGAGUCGCAGAUAUACAUGUGGUGGAUGACAUCGAAAAAGUUUUCAGUGUGUUGUCAUCAGAGUUAGUCGGCCUCUCCACAGAAUGGAAGUUCCUCAUGCGUCGCCUAGAUCUGACCAACGAAGACCUGGUAGAAAUAGAUACCAAAUACAAAACUGACGGACCCCGGGAGGUGAUAUAUCAAUGUAUGCUUCGGUGGCACUCCAGGGUUGGCGAGGCGGCGUCUGUGGUCAAGUUGGUGCGGGCGCUGAGGCAGGAAAGGCUCCACAGGGUGGCAGAUUUGAUUAAGACUUACACAGUGAGAAUACCAUGCACAAGAUGUCCAAUUGGUGGCCACGAUCCGUCUUGUUACCAAGCAACACCAACGCAGAUCACGCGGCAGAAGACAAAAAUCAAAAUCAAAACAAAACAAAAGUUCCCAUCCAAAUUUCCUAAACUUCCGAAAAUAUAUAGCCCGAACUCGUCUAUUGGUUCCCUGAACUCGAGUCGGCGGUCAUCUGGCGGAAGUAUUUCAUCACGUUCCUCAACAAAGAAAAUGACCAAACGACGCCCGCGGACUAUGAGUUGUGACAGCACUACUUCCAUUACCAGCAGUAAUCCGUCAGACGAUGUGGAGAACGGAAGCGAAGAUGAGAAAGAGGAUGUGACCGAGCCGAAAACGGAAAUACUAGAACAUGUCGAGGAACAACCGGCACCUCUUCCUCCAACACCUUCACCGGAAGUACAAGAGGCAGUACCAACAGAGACGCCAAAACUGAAACCAGUGAAGGAGACACCUGCAAAGAAGGUGGAGAAACAGGUCUUGCAAGAACGUGUCGUGACCGGCCAUCUGCGGGUGGACCAGCUUAUUCCCGAAGGUGGAAUUCCUCCUAACUUUACUGACCUUUUCAAGGACAUGUGCGCACAUUUAUACAAAACAAUCGUAAAACAAGCAGAGGACAACAUCCGGGCACUUGAGGAGAUCGUCAAAUUGAAGAACUUCUUCGUGCACCACCUAGUGGUUGGGAGUGUCAUCAUCAGCAUGAGUUGUCAUGGUGACGCGUGUUAUCAAGAAUUGAAGGCGAUGUAUAAAAGUGGUGAACUUCUCCGGGCUUGUCAGAAGGUGUUUGGACGGGAGAAUCUCUUACAAGAUCAAGGAAUACACUACGUGAGGUAUUCUCUUCAUAUCGACGACUUUGAGGAUGGCGUUCCACCUCCAGAGGAAACGUUCACCGCGCCUGCGCUACAGGAAGAGGGAAAAGAUAUGUCUGAGGAACCGGAAGAAGAAAAAGAGAGUGAAACAGUCAGCGAAGAGACACCGGAGAAGCCCAAACGUGAGAAAACAACGAUGGUUACUGUGGAAGUCUGCGCCAACUUGACGGCAAGCAUUGACACUGACAUUCCAACAAGUUCCCUCCUGCAGAGCCUUUCAGAGUCAGGAUACAGAGAGGCAAAUGCAAGGAAGUAUUACAAAACGGUCACGCGCGAUGACGUCAUGAAUGAUGCAAUCGAUAAAAUGAAUACAUUAACCUCGAUCCCUGGUUUGAAGUUCGCCCGCCUCGAUCUGAAGAAGGACGGCGUUGACGUCGUGAUGACGUGUAGCACUCGGAAAGCUAUCAAUGAUGCCUACAGUUAUUUCUUGAAGAAGAAACUGUUGAACAUUUGUAUUGAAACUUUGCUGACGAAAGAGAUAAAAAAAUUAGCAGGGGAGGAGCUGAUUCAGUUAGAAUUAGAAAUUCAAGACACACAUAUUACAAAGUGCGAAAAACUGUUCAAGGAACGGCUUACGAAGAUUAGGUCAAAUCGAAAUGGGGAAAGAGGCAGUGCGAAUGGACAACGCCGAGGGAUUUCAAAUAAUUGGCAGAAGGCGAGAAUAGUGCUUGAUUCCAUGAAGCGCGAAAAAUCUGUGAUUUCCCCGCCGAAUAGCAACACAAACUCUCGUAGGACUUCUAGGGAUAACAGUAGAAAGAAUUCAACAGGUUCCGCCAAAUGAGGCAAUUCCAGGUCCGAUUACACCACCAUCGUUAAUUCGCAGGUAACCCCUCGGUCAACUCCAGAAUCGACGAGAAUGACGUCUAUACCGUUCGGGUUUGACGUUUGCUUUCAGAAACGUAACCUCUCUAUUAUGUUCUUGCACUGAGCGUUUCAUUUCAUAUAAUAAACCUGGAUAACCAUGAUGGUUUCCCAGCAUUUUUCAAAACUGAGUAGUUUACACAAUAAAAAAGGACAACAAUAAUAGUAUUUUA